AUGUCCAUCAUCGAUCUGACCCACUCACCAUCCCCUCCUCCGUCUCCUCCUGCCUCGUCCACGGCUACGGGCGUCGCAUCGUGGACCCUCGACGUGGCCACGCCCGUCCACGACCUCUUUCUCCACUUUGAUCGCCUCUUCUUCUCGGAUCGCCUGGCAGAGUCGGGCGUCUCGGUCGUCUGGUCCAAGCGUAUGACUCUCUGCGCAGGCCUCUGCGAGUGGCGAGGCCCGCUCGGUGGCUGCACCAUCAAGCUGUCGGAGAAGCUGCUGCAGUUCCGCUCUCGCGCCGAUCUGCUCUCCACCCUUCUUCACGAGAUGAUCCACGCCUAUCUCUUCCUCGACGCAUCGGUCUCUAAUCGUGAGGACCACGGGCCCAUCUUCUGCCAGCACAUGCGCCGCAUCAACGCCGCCACCGGCCUCUCCAUCACCGUCUACCACUCGGCCGCUGCGCCCGCAUCGUCAAGCGCUCCAUGA